AUGGUUCACCAAUUAUCGGUCUGCGUCUUCUUCGUCCUUUUUGCUUUUUCCUAUGCAGGGUCGUUUUCUUACUGCGCAAAUUUUAUAUUUACAUUACCUUACUUCAAUCCAAAUGGUGUAAGAUUCGACAGCCAGCUCAAUGACGGUUUAUAUGUUAUGACAUUCCCUACGCAAACGAGUUCCGUAGUUCUACCUACUUUGAGCUGUUCAUGAAUGCAUAUGAAUGCAAAUUCUUGGAGUUAUACUACAGAUUAUUCUACAUGCUGUUCGUUAAGUGACUUUGGUCUAGGGAUUUGGGUAAACUUUGAGUCCAUCGCAGGUUAUUCGUUUAUGACAAUGGGAAAUAUAUAUGGAGGUGGACCAACUUAUUUACUGUCCUCAGAUACAGAUGGGACUUUGAAAUUUAGAUUUAUAGAUUAUGCGGGUCAAACAGAUAGCUUUAAUCAGUUUACAAUACCUAUUCCCAUGAGUAAUUUUUUAUUCAGAUACUUGGACUUUACUUGCGUUCCAUUGGAUAGGCAACACAUUCGAAAUUUUUAUGCCAGGACAAGGAAUCAUUUCCAAGAUAUCAGUUGGUGCUUAUCCCUUUGCCAAACCUGAUACUGGAAAUCUGUCGUUUGGCAAUGGUAUAAAGGCAAAGCUAUAUCAAAUUUUGGGAUUCAAAUCGGCCACAAUAAAUACAGAUUUCACUAUCAUUACGUUAUCUGAUGGCACAAACCUUCUCGAUGCAACAGGAACUUGCCCAAUGACUUGUGCAGACUCAACUUGUCACCCGACUCAAAAAUGUCUCAGACUAACAAGCGACUGCUCCAGUUGUAAUCCAACUGGGUGCUUGGCAUGCACCACAAGCACUCGUGUAAAGGCAACUUACUGCACUACCAAGAUCUGCAAUCCACAUUGCAUCUGCUCACCAGCUGGUGACUGCAUAGCAUGUGACUAUGGUUAUUACCUUUAUAAGCCUUUAUCUGGCGAUAUCGUUUGUAUCGGUAAUUUUAAUUUAGAAUGUAAAGAUUCAUGUACUUCUUGCGAUGCAGAUUGCUUUGAAUGUGCUGAUGCUAUUGCAAAAGAUGGGACAGCUUGCAGAGUCGAUUCUAUUGGCUAUUAUGUCAGUAUCUCAGUUCCAAAUAUCCAGUUUGAUUUUGCUCAUCCUCUUGCAUCAGCUUUAAAUAUUGUCUCUCUUACAGUUAAGUCAAUUCAAGGCAUAGCAAUCGAUACAUCUCAAUGAACUUUAAAUACAUGCGCUGUAGGAGUAACAAGCUGCACUAUCGUGGCUAAUAACCUGGCUGAAAAUCAGUUACCAAUUGACUUUGGCUUCGAGUUUGCUCAAGCCUAG